ACGGAGAGCAAGAAGACACCGCGGAUCAUCAUCAAGGCGGAGGAGGAAAGUGAAAUAACGGGAGCUACCGCAGAGACCGGCUGGGAAACGAGAGCAACAAGAAAUUACCCGAGUGGAAAAAGCGACUUGACGUUUAUUUUUUAUAAGAAGUCCCCAGAAAAUAUAUUUCUCGUCGUUUCCUUCGUCUGCUGAAUAAAAGGAGGCGACGCCAUGACCACGGAGAUGCAGGAGAUCGCCAUCACGGAGGAGAAGCCGCUGCUGACGGGUCAGGCCGACUCCACCAAGGAUGCUGAGCUGGCUGCCAGGAUCCUGCUGGACCAGGGACAGGAGCACAGUGUGGAGACGCCGCACGGCGUCCUGCACGUGACCCUGCACGGCACCCGGACCACCCGCCGGCCCGCCAUCCUCACCUUCCACGACGUGGGCCUGGACAGUAAGAGCUGCUUCUCCACGCUCUUCAAGUUCGAGGAGAUGCAGGAGAUCGUCAAGAACUUCACCCUGAUCCACAUCGACGCCCCGGGGCAGGAGGAGGGCGCCGCCCCGUACCCCGCCGGUUAUCAGUAUCCCUCCAUGGAGACCAUCGCAGAGAUGAUCCCGGCCGUCCUGCAGUUCUUCAAUUUCCGGACCGUGAUCGGCGUCGGGGUGGGAGCAGGAGCCUACAUCCUGUCCAAGUUCACGCUCGCCAACCCAGACGCAGUGGAAGGUCUGGUCCUGGUCAACAUCGACACCAACGCCCGGGGCUGGAUGGACUGGGCGGCUCAGAAGCUCAGCUCAGUGACUCACUCCCUGACGGAGCAGAUCCUGUCUCACCUCUUCAGCCAGGAGGAGCUGUCGUCGAACACAGACCUGGUCCAGAGCCACAGAGAGCGCAUCACCAAGGCCGCCAACCUGGCCAACAUCGAGCUGCUGUGGAAGACCUACAACAGCCGCAGAGACCUGAACAUCGACCGCAACAGCACCUUCAAGUGUCCGGUGAUGCUGGUGGUCGGCGACCAGGCUCCGUACGAAGACGCCGCGGUGGAGUGCAACAGCAAGCUGGACCCCACCACCACCUCCUUCCUGAAGAUGGCCGACGCCGGAGGCCUCCCCCAGCUCACCCAGCCGGCGAAGCUGACGGAGGCGUUCAAGUACUUCAUCCAGGGGAUGGGCUACAUGGCGUCCUCCUGCAUGACCCGCCUGUCCCGCUCCCGCACCACCUCCCUGUCCUCCUCCUACUCCAUGGACGGGUCGCGCUCUCGCUCCCGCACCCUGUCGCAGGGCUCGCAGGGGGGCCAGAUGCCCCCCAGCCCCUCCCAGACCAUGGAGGUGUCCUGCUGAAGCAGCGGCGGCCGCGGAGAGAGAGAGAGAGAGAGAGGGAGAGAGAGGGAGAGAGCGGAGGAGGCGGACAGAUCGGGAAGACGCAGACGGACGGGUUUCAGCAUUUCUCACUAAACUCCUCCCAUCAUUCCCCCGGGGAGAGGUGCAUUCUGGGAAACACGGUCCUCCCUCCCUCCCUCCCCCGCCCUGCCAUCAGAGCCCUUUAACUUAGCGAGGCGACACCUUAACCAGUAGUCCGAGUCCUCAGAGCGGCCGAUAGGAAAAAAAAACACUUUGUCUUCAUUACACAGCGACUGUAACGGUAGUCUAGACGAGGAGAUACUUCCUCCACUGUGUGUCCACCGCGUCCUGAGCUAGUCUCUGCCGUGUUCCGUCACUGCUCUCUGGAAUCGGCGUUGACCUGUCGGAGCGAGGAGCCACGCCGCCGCUGAUUGGUCGAGCCGUUCAGGCGCCAGCAGCCAAUGAGAGCCAUUCUAGUGACGACUUUCUCCUUACCGGGUUGUUUCUGUCUUCCAUUUGCCCCAUUUAUAUCUCUCUCUAUAUAUAUAUAUGUGUGUGUGUGUGUGUGUGUGGGUUUUAAUUUUUUUUUUAAAUGGAAGGAGAUGGGCUGGAGGUGAGGGUUUUUUUUGUUUUUUGUUUUCCUCUGUACUGUUUGGGAGUUUGCAUGCCUGGAAGAAAAACUAUCUUUCUUUUAUAUUUUUAGCUAAUGAGUUGCAUGGAUCCGAGUGUGAGUGUUUUGCGCGGGACUGGUUGGACUGAAGGUGAGCCUGGGAGAGCCCGAAGCUGAACCCACGCUCUCCGAACUCGUGCUUCCACAGUCGCACUGCGUAUCUUCCCCUCCGCCGGCGGCGGCGGGGGCGGAGGGGGCUUUUCAGGGCGGAGGCGUAGCCAGACGCCACGCCCCGCCCCGCCCCGCCCCGCGCACGGAUACCUCCUCACCUCCCAGGUAGCAUUCUGGGUGUUUCUGUGCCCUGAAGCCAACACACACUCCUCCAUCGUCCGUUAAACCAGCCGCCGGGUCCAGAGAGUGAAGACGUGUGACGCAGGUGUGUGUGUGUGUGUGUGUGUGUGUGUGUGUGUGUGAGUGUGAGUGAGAGAGUGUGUGUGAGAGUGGGCUUGAGUAUUGUAAGCAAAAAUAAAGCAACAAAAAGUAAGAAAAGACCAACAAACCCCCCCAUGUGACUUAACCUAAUGUAAACUGACAAUGAAGCAGCUCUGUCACUGCCGCCAAACUGAAGGAGGGAUGAGGAUCUUCCUCCUCCUCCUCCUCCUCCUCCUCCUCCUCCUCCUCCUCUACUGUAAACACAUCAAACCAGUCGGUUAAAUCGGCCAAUAAGGCCGGGAUAAUUACCAAAACUAGUCUGCCAUGAGAAAUACUGAGUCAGUUAAAGGCGAAAUAAGUAACGGUGACACCUAGUGGGUCAAAUCAGAACUGCAGUCUAAAUGAAAAGAAUAAAACCUGUCUUCCUCGGUUUACUUCAGUCGUUGGCCUUGUUUGAAAGACGGGAGGCUUCGUGGGUUUGGACGAAACUCUUUGUUUACCUUCCUCCAGACCUGCAGACAUACGAUUGGCUGUGGAACCAGGAAGUAGUGCGGUCUAGCCCCGCCCACGGAGGACACAGUCCCCUCCACACCCAUCGUCCCACUUAUUGCGCCUUUAAUCUGAAAUCACCGCAAAGUUCUAUUUCAGCACAGAUUAAUGCAAAGCUUCCCACUGCCCUGUCACGCGUUAACGGCGCCAUGUUCGAGCCCAGCCGCCACUGCUCUCAGUGGGUUUUUGCCAAAUCUUCUCUUCUGACGCCUGUUUUGAGAUUCUUUUGUCCCAAUAAAGCGACGUCCAUUCAGGUGCUGCUCAAGGCCAGCCUCCUCCACAAACCACUUUAAAGGGAACUAAACGGACUCUCCACAUUUAUUGUCUUUCUCUUGGAGGAAUUCUCUUCCAAACUCCAGUUUCCUUGUGUUGCUGAGUCACUCCUCUCCACAGGAACUGCAGGUGCAUCUUGGGAGUUUCCAGCAGGGCUGUGUGGUUGUAAAUGCUCGUCCAUUUUGUCUUCUCAUUUUAAUUUUGUCUCAUGUAUGCCCCCCUCCACUCUUUUCUGUUUUCUUUUCGUUGGUUUUAAUCUCUGUGAAGUGUUAGUUUACCGUCCACCAGAUAGUUAACCGUGUGCUCUAGUUCUCGUGUAACUUUUUUAGCAUUAGCGCUUGUAAAGGAGAAUAAUAUAAUUAACAAUUAAAAAAAAAAAAGCAAUGAGAAUACAAUCAGAUCUUACUUGUGUGUCUAAUUUCUCUGUGUAACACGAUGAAACAUGGUUUGAAAA